AUGGCGCAGCCGCUUGUCCAGAUUGCGGGCUAUCAGGUCUCAUUCCCCUACAAGCCCUAUGGCACGCAGUUGGGAUUCAUGAAUCAGUUCCUGCGCGCCGUGGAUCAGCAGGGCAACGCUCUACUGGAGGCGCCAACUGGCAGCGGCAAGACGGCAUGCCUGCUAGCGAGCGCGCUAGCGUGGCAGAAGCGCCACCUGGAGGCGGCCGCGGCUGUCAAGGCGCGCAACAUGGUCAGAUCCAUUGCGCGCGGCGGCAGGAAGGGCAAGCCAGCCACCGCAGAUGGCGGCGGUGAAGGCGCCGAAGCAGCAACCUCUGCAGAGCCGUGCGCCUACGCGGCUUCAGAAGACGGGGGCAAGGGCACCAGCGGCGGCGUCAAGCAGCAGGAGCAGGAGGGCGGCGAGAAGGUAACGCUGGACGGUGUGUCAGAUGAGGUGGAGGAGGCCGAGGACGACGAGGACGUGCCGCGGGUCCCAAAGAUCUACUAUGCGACUCGGACCCACUCCCAGAUAGCACAGGUCAUCCGAGAACUCAAGCGCAUGAGCCUGACACCCCGCAUGGCCGUCCUGGGCUCCCGCCCGCACUACUGCAUCAACAACGCGGUGCUGCGCUCAGGCAAUGUGGACGCGAGCUGCGACGAACUCAUGAAGGACCGUGGCUGCCGCUUCGCUAAGAAGGGUGCCGGCAUCACGCACGCAGAGGCACGGGUGCAUGAUGUCGAGGAUCUGGCCAAGGUGGGCCGGCGGCACGGCGCAUGCCCAUACUACGCCUCGCGCCACCUGGCGACCACUGCAGACCUCGUGUUCUGCCCCUACAGCUACCUGCUGGACCCCGUCAUCCGGCGUGCGACGGGGGUUGACCCCGAAGGCGCAGUGCUAAUCUUCGACGAGGCCCACAAUAUUGAGGACAUCGCGCGGGACGCGGGCAGCGCGGAGAUUGACCUGGACACCCUCAAGCUCUCCUGGCUGGGCCUGGAGCGCGCCGCGACGCACGGCAACGCGCCGGACAUCUACCGGCCGCUGGCGGACGCGACCAUGGCGCUCAUCCAGCGGCUCCGCGCUCUGGCGGGCGACGCGGGGCCGGGCGUGUGGCGCGCGGCCGGGUUUGAGACGCAGGAGCGCGUGUGGGCGGGGAGGGAGCUGCUGGACGAGCUGGAGGCUGCCGGGCUGGGGCCUAAUGACAUCCCACAUCUACAGGCUCUGUACGACCAAGCCCGGCAGGCGGAGGAGAAGGCGGCGUUCAACACAGAGGGCGAGGCCGCAUUGGAGGAGGUGCCCAAGGAGCUGGACAGCGCCCGCGCUGGCGGCCUCGCGCUGGCCACGCUGAGCCGCCUGCUGACCGUGCUGAGCCUGGUGUAUGCCGGCGGCCCCGGCGGCGGCGACGCGGUCAGGGACUACCGUUUCGCGGUGCAACGGGAGGUGCGGCAUCGAGGAGACAAGGGCGGCGGCGGCAGGCGGGGCAGCAAGCGCUUCGCGCCCAACGCGGCGGACGCGCAGGCGGCCGAGGGGGCGUCCGCGGGCGAGGACAGCUGGAGCAUGGUGGUCUGCCUGUGGCUGCUUAACCCUGCCGUCGUGUUUGGGCAGCUCAGCGGCAAGGCCUGGAGCAUCGUCCUGGCGAGCGGCACCCUGGCCCCCCUGGACUCAUUCGCUGGGGAGCUGCGGCUGCCGUUCCACGUGCAGCUGGAGGCGCCCCACGUGGUGGACAUGCGGCGGCAGGUGUGGGCGGGCGUGCUGCCGCAGGGGCCUGACGGCCGCAUGCUGACCGGGACUUAUAAGGAGGUCGACACGCUGGACUUCCAGGACAGCGUGGGCGCGGCGAUGCUGGCGGUAUGCAAGACGGUGCCCGGCGGCGUGCUGAUGUUUGUGCCCAGCUACGCCCUCAUGGACAAGCUCACACGGCGCUGGCAAGCAACCGGGCUGUGGAAGCAGCUCGAGGGGGAGAAGCACGUGUGCAGCGAGCCGCGCGGCGCGGGCGACGCGUUUGACAAGGUCAUCGCGGGCUACUACAAGGCCAUCAAGCAGGGCAAGGGGGGCCUGUUCCUGGCGGUCUGCAGGGGCAAGGCGUCCGAGGGCAUUGACUUUGCGGACGACAACGCGAGGGCCGUGGUGGUGCUGUCCAUACCCUUCCCAAACCUCAAGGACACAAAGGUGGGCCUCAAGAAGGAAUACAACAACGCCGCCCAAGGCCCCGCGGCACGCGCCCACCAGCAGCAGCAGCAGCGCGGCGGCGGCGGCGGCGAGGGCGGCGCGGCGCCGCGGCUGCUGUCAGGGGAGCAGUGGUAUAGCCAGCAGGCGUUCAGGGCGCUCAACCAGGCCAUCGGGCGCUGCAUCCGCCACCGCUUCGACUACGGCGCCAUCAUCCUGCUGGACGAGCGCUUCCGCACCCCACGCAACCAGGCGUCCCUCUCAAAGUGGGUCCGCGGCGCCAUUGCCGCGCACCCCACGUUUGACGCCGCCAUGUCCUCCCUCGGCGCCUUCUUCUCGCGGCUCGCGGCGGACCCGCCGGGGCCGACGGGAGAUGAGCUCAAGGCGGCUGCAGCGGCCGCCGCUGCCGCGGACGGCGGGAAAGGCGGGGGCGCCGCGGCGGGGCAGGUGCCGCUCGAGGCGGCCGACGCGGCGCGGCGCAAGGCCGCCGACGCGGCUGGGGGGUCGGCGGCGGGGGGCAAGCAGCUGCGGUAUUCGGAGAUGACGGCGAGCCGCGGUAAAGGGCCCGCCAGUCGCCCCUUGCCGCCGCCACAGCCAAAGGUGGCGCAGAUGCAGCAGCCGCAGCAGGUGCCCGUACACCACCAGCAGCAGGGCCGGCAGCAGCGGCCACCCAUUGAAAUCAAGUACGAGCGGGAGGGGGUCGAGGAGGGUGCGCCGUCGGUGGUCCAGCCACUGCAGCAGCAGCCGCAGCAGCUCCAGCAGCCUGUACCAUCACUGCACCAGCACAAGCAGCAGGCGGAAGGCACCCUCAAGCCCUCAAAGCUGCAGGAGGCAAACCAGGUGCCGGCAGAGGGCAGCCGCGCAUCUCCACCCAGCGGCGGCGGCAGCGGCGGCGGCAGCGGCAGCGGAAGUGAGCCAUCACAGGCCUUCAUGUGCGCCCAGGCGCCGCCCUCCCAGGCAGCAGGGGGCCCGCUGGCGCUGCCGCAGCAGCAGUCCUUGCUGCCGCCGCCCUCGGCGAGGCCGCUCAACGCGUGGCGGGGCAUGGCCGCGGGCGGCGGCAUGAGCCUGCCGCUGUCGAGCUUUGGGCCAGGGGCGCGGGCCGACAACGGCGACCAGCCGCGCCCCAACCUGCCGCAGGCCCAGCAUGCGGCGAAGGGCAAGCAGCAGCAGAGUGCAGGCGGGGCCGGAGGGGUUCAGACCUCCAUUGGGCAGUUCUUCGGGAAGGCUGCGGCGCAGGCGCCUGGGCCGAUCCUGCAGCAGCAGCAGCACCAGCAGCAGCAGCAGCAGAUGUUCAGCAGCGCGCCGCACCUGCAGCAACCCUCGGGCGCGCAGCAGGGCCCUCCGCAGCACUGCCACCAGCAGCAGGAGCAGCAGCAGCAGCGCUUUUGGGGCGGGCCGCAGCAGCGCACAUUGCAGGGCCGGAUCUCACCCGAGGCCCCCUGUGUGCCCCGUGGUCCCGGCAGCGCCACCCACGAGAAGUUUGUGCCGCCCUCUAUGCACCAGUGGCAGCUCGUGCAGCCGCUGGACCACAGAGCCGCGCCGCCAGGCUCGCUGCCGCUUUUCAACGGCAUUGGCCAGCAGCAGCAGCAGCAGCAGCAGCAACAGCAGCAGCAGGGGGGCCCUAGCGCAUGGCCAGCGCAGCAGCAGCAGCAGCAGCAGCAGCAGCAGCAUCGCAUGCCCUGCCAACCCAUCCACUCCAACAGCCUGCCGCGGGCCCAACCGCCGCCGGUCACCAAGCCGCCAAUUCAGCGACAGUGGGAGGGCGGUGGUGGGCCUGUUGGCGGCGGGGGCGCUGCAGACAGCGUGCUCGGGGAGCUGUCGCAGAGCGUCAGCCGGCCGAAGCGGGUCCUUGCGGGCGCCAACGCCAAGGAGAGGACGCAGCGCAGCCAGGGCAGCGGUGCAGCCAGUAUGGCAGCAGUGGCGGGGGGCGCCCAGCAGCAGCAGAGGGGCAUGAAGCGAGCGAAGCGGCAGGAGGGCGCCAGGCCGGCGCGCGGCGUCAACGGGGGCGCAUCGGUGGUGGCCGCGGCGGCGGACGACUCCGACGACGACUUUGCGUGA